AUGUUCGAGCGACUCAAACAGAAGGUCUCGCGUCGACUGUCUGAGCCAGCGAUAUUCGAUCUACCUACGCUGCCUUUCGCCAACAGACGCGCCCUGACUUCUACCAACAGAACAGUGGUGAUCAGUGACGAACCUCACCCCAGACACUCCACCCUGGCCUCCAGACUCAGGGCCCUGUCGGUGCUGAGCUCAGGAGGACCUGAAGUGCCUCGUCGUCUGCGCUCUGUGCUGAAAAAGCAGGCCAAGGAGCUUAUCAAGCAUGAAACCUCUCAGGUUGUGGGGAAGAAGCUCCAGUCCUUGUUGGCAGACUUGGGCCUUCAGCAACCGUUCCCGCUUCUUACAACCAAUAGUCUGACGCUGGGACCCCAGUCUAAACUGAUUCGCUGUUUCGUUGCAAACACAAAUGACUGCAUCUAUUUGCCGCCAGCGCUGCUGGCCAGUUUCACGUAUGACGACGUGGAGAACGGCGGCGCCCAGGUACCUGCUCAAAACGCUACAGACAUUCAGGAAGAAUUGGAAACUGAUCCUCGUCAAGAGUUUGACGAAUCCAUAUCUGGUUUGAGUUCUUCGCCAAGCCGUCUGAACUUGGAGCUGAAACUUCAGCCGUUUAACUCUCCCAACUACUUGUGCACGAAAAUCGACUCCAACGCACCUAUACCUCACGUUUUCGCUUUUAUUGUGGAACUCACGAAGGAGACGUCUGUUCGUGAAGUCAAGUUUGAUUUCCAGUCUUGCGUACUGACGCUAUGGCCUACAGGCGAUCCUCAUAACCAUUACCAUCAGAAGGAGAAGUUCAAGAUUGGUUCUUUCGAAUGGCUUCUGUCUUUGAGUGAUGCUGAUUACUACAUCAACACGCAGAACUCUAAUGAUGCUAAAAUUCGUAAAAUCGAUCCCAAUGAGCUUGCCCAACGUACUAAGCGUUACCGCUUGGUUAAUGUUCGUGAUUUGGCCGAUGAAUCUGAUCCAGUCAAUAAUUCCAAGAAGGCUGGUCAGUUAGGUCAGGAAUUCAGUACCACUCAUCAAACGUUUUCAGACGCCAUGUCUAUAUCAUCCUCGGGCAUUCCGGAAACAGCCAAAGCAGGUCUUUAUGUUUUCCUUUUGCCUCUCAUUCUUCCUUCCCAUAUGCCCGCAUCCGUCACUUCUGUUAAUGGCUCUCUUGUUCAUCGUUUGACCAUGAACAUGACCAAGAUGAGCGACAAACUCAAUAGAAAGACAAAGGUCUAUUCAUACUAUAACUUACCAAUGGUAAGAACUCCUCCAUCGCUUGCCAACUCCGUGGCAGAUAAACCUAUCUACGUCAACAGGGUAUGGAACGACGCCAUGCACUACAUAAUCACCUUUCCUAAAAAAUACGUCCCAUUAGGGUCUGAGCAUACCAUUAAUGUGAAGUUGAUUCCUUUGAUGAAGGAUGUCAUCCUUAAGAGAAUUAAGUUCAAUGUGCUUGAGCGUAUCACUUACGUCUCGAAGGAUCUCAAAAGAGAAUACGAAUACGAUAGCGAAGAUCCCCACUUGAUCAAGCAUCACAAUGAUGAUAAGACUCGGGAAAGAGUUAUCCAUCUUUGUGAGCUCAAGACAAAGUAUAGAAGCUCUUAUUCGGGCUCAGCGGAACCAUUCAAGGAGGAGGUUAUCAAAUGUCCCGAUAAUAAUUUGUUAUACUCAUGUUAUGAACCAAAGGACGACCCAGCUCUGGAUGAUCCAUUAGCCAAGCCUGAGAAGUCAACCAUGAUUGCUUCGCCUCUUGACAUCAACAUCGCUCUUCCAUUUUUGACAAGCAAAACCGAUAAGGUUAUGAUGACUGCUAAUGCUGAAGACAGCAGCACUUCUUCGGCCACCAGACGCCCAAGUGCUCGCCAUGAUUCUAUUCUGAGCGGUCCAUUCUGUCCAUCUUCGCCAGUUAUUGGCUCUUUGGAAACUCAAAUCAGCCAUUUACCCAAUGACGUUACGGGUGCUCCAGACGACAUGGAUGAAAAUUUCCUUAGGCUCGAUUCAUCUGCUCUCAUGGAAGACCACAAGACCAACAAAGAGAAUAUCCAACAGGGACAUACAAGCGUUCAAAAGGCAUUGGCUCCAGACUCUAAUUUCCGCCACAUACAGAUUUCCCACAGACUUCAGGUGUCAUUCAGAAUCUCUAAGCCGGAUCCAAAGGACAACAAUCGUAUGCAUCAUUACGAGGUUGUUGUCGACACUCCUCUUAUCUUGUUGAGUGCAAAAUGCAAUGAAAAUUCGACACAACUUCCUAGAUAUGAUGAGAUUGAUCCCGAAGUCGUGCCUUCGGCUCCUCCAUUGAGAAGAGAGAUUACUUUCAGGACACCUUCCUACAAUAAUAACGGUGUAAGUAUCAAACCUCUUGAUCCAGAAGGAGAUGAUCGUUUGCCGUCUUUUGAAGAAGCAAUUUCAGCGUCAGCUUCUCCAGUUAUGAGAUCGUUUUCGGUUGCUGAUGAUCCAUUGAGCAGGGCUAAUUCGAUAACCAACGUUGGACCCGCUCCGCUGUACGAAGAGUCUAUGCCUGGUCCCGCUAACGAUGAAUAUAUUCCUACGCUUCGUAUCGACGACUUGGUGAUCGACCCUUCCGCUGCAUCGGUACCAAGAAAACCAUCAACGUUGAGGACCUCGCUAGGCAACUCUUUUGCCCCAGCUCCAGCAAUUAAUCGUAAUGAUCGCUCGGAUACGAAUACUUUGUCAACCAACUCCAGAGAUAAUGUGAGUUGCGGUCCAGACGAAGGAGAUCCUCUCUCGUUACUUAGUUCUGAUUCGGCCAGCGAAGGCGUACUGUCAAAUGAUAUGGUUUCGCUGUCCACCAGUCAUGACUCUAACAACGAGCGGGUUCCUGCAAAGGAUGUUGGUUCAGUUUCGCCACGGGCUAUCAUACCUGGAAGUGGCUGCGAAUUUGAGAAUGAUAUCGUGCCUGGAUCUCUCUUCAAGAAUGAGACCCUGGAUAGUGGAAAUGGAAACGGAAAUGGAACUGGAACUACUUCCAGUAGGGCUGCGGACGAAUUGGCGAAAAUUCUGUCCACAGACUUGGGAGACCCUAAGCUGCUCGGUUUGCGCCAUGCAUACUGA